GUUGAGGGUUCGGUGCGCAUAAGCCAUCUAGCUGUCAAUCGUCAGGCGCCGAAACCUGCCGCCAACAUGGCUUGGGGCCAGGCGGGUGCCCGUGGAAUCGACGACUUGGUUCGUCGCAUAGCCGACAAUGAUCCGAAGCUGCAAUCGCUUACCAUUCUACGUCAGCGGCGCUUCAACCAUGACGACGUGACCGCGCUGGUUCGCGCGCUGUCCUCCAACACCCACCUCACGGAGCUCUACGCCAGCAACCACCCGCUAGCGCCCCGCACUGCGGCGCUGCUGGCGGGGCUGCUGGCGGCGGGCGGCAGCCGCCUGCGGGCGCUGUGCGUGGGGGACGGCAGCCUGGGGGACGAGGGCGUGGCGGAGCUGGCGCGAGGGCUGGCGGGCAGCAGCAGCCUGCAGAGGCUGGACCUAGGAGGCAAGGGUGUGGGCGUGCGAGGUGCGGAGGCGCUGGCUGCUGCCCUGGCCGCCUCCACCUCGCUCUCCCACCUCAUCCUCAGCGCCAACCCGGGCCUCUCAGACGCCGGGCUCGCAGCGCUCUGCAACGGUGCCAGCCCCGCCCCCGCCCCCGACAACAAUAACAACACCAACGGCGAGGGCUGUACGACAGCGGGUCCUCCCUCAC